UCUCUCCUCUGUACUCCUCGCUUUCCUCUCUUGCUGUCUCUCCUCCCUACACGGAGCCUUAAAAAGUGAGCGCAACGGCCGGAGUAGCUCAGUCCCAACGAGACCUUCAUCCAAGAUCCCAUCAUCAACACCGUCUCUCCAUUUUUGAGAACAGAAGAGCUCCAAAGAACUUCUAAGGUCAUGAGCAGAAUACUUUUAUUGGUCCUGUUUGCUCUUUACUGCUACCUAGCGGACAGUGCAGAGCUGCUUCGCUCCAAGAGAGGAACUCGCUUUUACCGAGGUGAGCCUGAGUGGAUGACCAGGAGGGCACUUUUCAUUGUUCAUGUCCAGAAGCCUUCAUCUUCCUUUGACACCUCCCUACGUUGUGUGGAUGAUACGACAUCAGCCGUCCAUAUUUAUGGGGACACUUGGCUGCGAUGGAAGGGACAGCGUGUGGAGUAUUGCCGUUGUGCGUUAAGAGGACGAGAACUUUGUCACAUUGUGCCCGUCAUCAACUGCUACAUUUCUCAUUGCUACAAUGGAGGGACGUGCAAGGAGGCCGUCUACUCUUCGGACUACAUUUGUCAGUGCCCUCCAGGUUUCAGUGGGUCCCAGUGUGAGAUCAACACCAAAGAGAAGUGCGUUGUGGGGAACGGCGACGCCUAUCGUGGCACAUGGAGUAUCAGCAAGUCGGGAGCAGAGUGCAUCAACUGGAACUCCACGGCGCUCAGGGGAAAGAAGUUCACUGCCAGGAAAGUAGACGCCAGCAGCCUUGGACUGGGCAACCAUAAUUUUUGCAGAAACCCUGACCAAGACAGUGCCCCUUGGUGUUACACUUACAAAGGCACUCAAAUCAACUGGGAAUUCUGUUCCUUGCCCAAGUGUUCAGAUGAUAAAUAUGAAGAAUGCAUGAGAGGAAUCGGUCUGACCUACCGGGGCACCGAGUCCGUCACAAAAAGUGGGAGCCGCUGUGUCCCGUGGGACUCUCCGCUCGUCACACACAAGUACAAUAACGCGUGGCGAUCUGACGCUGUCGAAGUGGGACUGGGUAGCCACAGCUACUGCAGGAAUCCUGAUGGCGAUGAAGGCCCGUGGUGUCACACCUACAAGAACCUGCAGCUGACCUGGGAACUCUGUGAUGUACCUAAAUGCACGACACGUCCACCCGCCCAGCAAGCCAACUCCCCGCUGGGGCCCCGGGGCCCCAUAACAACAAACAACAACCGAGGUACGUGCGGUCAGCGUUUGGAAAACACCCUGAGCCAACCAACUUUCCGCAUGUUCGGAGGCCGGGAGAGCGACAUCACGGAGCAGCCUUGGCAGGCCGCCAUUAACGUUUAUCAGGCUCGUCUGCGCAAACACUUCCACCGCUGCGGAGGGAUUCUGAUUGACUCCUGUUGGGUUCUGUCUGCGGCACACUGCUUCGAGGUCACGGAUAAGCCCUCAAAGUUGCAGGUCAUCCUGGGCAGGACGUUUCGCAAACAAAAUUCAAGCAGUGAGCAGAUUUUUAAAGUUGACAAGUACUGGAUCCAUGAGAAGUUUGACAAAGAGACAUUUGACAAUGACAUAGCUCUGUUGAAGCUCAAGUCAGACUUCGGCAUGUGUGCCAUCGACUCUCCAGAGGUUCUCCCCGCGUGUCUUCCCGAAGCGGGCCUUGUGCUGCCUGACUGGACCGAGUGUGAGAUCUCGGGAUACGGGAAAGACUCUGAAUUUUCUGCCCAGUAUUCCGAGCGUGUCAAGAGGGGUUUUGUUCGCCUGUGGCCAAGAGAGCGUUGUGUCCCUGAUGUGCUGUCUGGGCGUACGGUCACUGUCAACAUGCUGUGCGCUGGUGACACCAGAGGCCUGGAUGACGCCUGCAAGGGAGACUCCGGUGGUCCUCUGGUCUGCCGCACCAACGACAAAAUGACACUAAUGGGUGUCAUCAGCUGGGGCGACGGGUGCGGGCAGAGGGAUAAGCCUGGCGUUUAUACGCGUGUCACCCGUUACAUCAACUGGAUCCAAAGCAAAAUGGCCGCCAACCCGGUCUGAGCACUAAGAUGACUACGUGCGUCGUUUCUAAAUGCAAAUGGUGGCUGUUUGAAACCAGUACUGUUUUGAGAAUUUGAAGUACCGAGAGGAACUUCUGUCACGAGCGCUUAACACUCACCGUAGCUCCCUGAUCUUCACUUCCUGCUUUUGAGGGCCCGAUGUGGAUGAGGUUACAGUGGAGAGGACGACAGUGGCUGGCAGCACUUGCACUGCAAAAGGCUCAACAGACUUGUAUGUCUAACAUGCUACGGAAAAAUCUGCUGGUUCAGAUACUGCCAACUUUCACUUUUUUAUUUGGGGAUACACAACAUGGACACAUGGGGGAGAGCCAAGCAUAUGUACACCAGCAUGUACAGAAUAAUGUCUAUUAUUACAUUUCUAAAUGUUUUUUGUUACCUGUUUGUCACCAUACAAAUUAUUUGUGUUAGCCAUAAAACUGUUUUCCCAAUCUUUUUUUACUUAUUUAAUAUUUAUGUGUAUUUUAUAGAAACCUACCAUACAUGUAAUGUAGAUAAAUUUUCAUAUAAUCAUGUCAAAUAAAAUGCAAUAAAUAUUCAGAGAAUAU